AUGGUGCUCGAAAAUGACACCCGAGGCUGGAUAAUGACUGCUGCCAGCGGUCUCGGACUGACGGUAACAGCUUCGAUCAUAUGUGUGGAUGUCCUCGUACGCCUCGUACCUGGCAAGAGGAACUUCAGGAUACAGGACAGCAAUCCCUUCUUAUCCUCUUCUCUCAGUCUUAGUUUUGGGGUCAUGCUUUUCUCGUCCUUGUACAGCAUGCUGCCGUCGUCGAAGAGCUCCUUGGAAAAAGCCGGCUUCUCGCCCAAGGCGGCCGCAUGGACCUUAAUAGGCUGCUUCCUGGCCGGCGUGGUUGGCAUCCAAUUCCUUUCCCGGAUAUUACACCAUUACAUGCCAUCACACAUUGUAGACUGCGAUCACUCUCACGACGAAGAAGAAGCUAGUCACGAGGAACACCACGGAAAGAACGGCCAUCCAAGGCCCGAACCGAAGCCUCAGCGUUGGAGAGGCGAGCCACUGCGACCUGGCGUUGGCUUACCGACGCAUGGUGCAAAUGAGGCGCAGCAGCAUCUACUCGACGCCGUUAGUGGUCAGGAAGCUCGAAGGGCAGAACGCCACGGCCUCGCUCGCCGUCCAUCUCUGCAUCAUCAGCUGACCGCCACUAUGUCGAAGAUAGUAUCUGGAACCCAACACAAGUGUGACGAGAACGGCCAGUGCUUCGGCUACUCUGAUCCGUGCGGCCAGGACUGCUUCAAGAAUGUAUCGGCCCGUGGUGAUGUGGAAGAGGAGGCGCCAUUUGUUCCCGUGCGGUCUGAAACUCGGGCUUAUGGGACUACGUCGCCGCCCAGCUCCGGCACGCUCAGCGGCAGCCCCAACGCCGAACUAUUCAAAACCGCCAGUGCGCCCUCGAUCCAGCCGGAAUACCAGGACGAGCAUGAGCAUGGGCACCAGGAUGGCCACGAGCACCACCACGAUGACUAUCACGAGGGCCAUGGCAACCAGCCCCACCACCACCACGUCCCCACAAACGCCUUCCUCUCCAUCGGCCUGCAAACCUCCAUAGCAAUCGCUUUGCACAAGCUGCCCGAAGGCUUCAUAACCUACGCGACGAACCACGCGAACCCCAAACUCGGCUUCGCCGUCUUCCUCGCGCUCUUCAUCCACAACAUCACCGAGGGCUUCGCCAUGGCGCUGCCGCUGUACCUGGCCAUCAACAGCAGGUGGAAGGCCAUGUUCUGGAGCAGUUUGCUUGGGGGCGCGAGUCAGCCGCUUGGUGCGGGGGUUGCGGCGCUCUGGUUUAGGCUGGCGGGGAGUGGGGAUAUGCAACCUGGGGAGGGGGUUUAUGGGGGGAUGUUUGCUGUUACUGCUGGCAUUAUGGCGUCGGUUGCGUUGCAGCUGUUCACCGAGGCUUGGGAUCUGACGCACAGCCGGAAUUUAUGCAUGGCAUUUGCAUUUGUGGGGAUGGGGAUCUUGGGGGUCAGCUCAGCGUUGACUGCUUGA